UGCAGCCCCGUUCCAGCCAUUCCAUGUUCCAGCUUUUAACUCUGCUUUGGCCACCACGUUUCCUUCCUGUAUCCAUUGUUCAGACACUACAAAAGUGCUCGAGUUUGUUGUUGCCCAGCAAGACUCAGACCAGGGGGCUGCAGAUCCCUCUGUCGCAGGUUCUCUACAGCUGUUUCCAACCAUCUGUGCUGUCCCGGGGCCUGCCGUAAGCAACCCAGGAGCACUUCCCCUGCGGGCCCAUGGGGCAGAGUUUGCAGCCAGAGCCGUCCGGGGAGAGGAGCGGUGGAAGAAAGCUGGCCGAGAUGGCAGAGGAGGGCUCUGAGCUGGAAAGGGGCCUCCAUGCCAUUGUGGGCAGCUUCUACAGAUACGCCGAGGGCCCGCCUGGAGCAAAGGUGCUGGACCAGGAGGCUUUCCAGACUUUGCUCAGCAAUGAGCUGAGCCAUCAGCUCACAAACCCAGAGGACCAGAAGGCAGCGCUGGACAUGUUUAAGAUGGUGGAUGCCAACAACGAUCAGAAAAUCUCCUUCGACGAGUACUGGGAUCUCAUCGUAGAGAUUUGCCGAGUGAUCCGGCGCAGACAUUAUAACGAGUAGUGACUGAGGAGCUGUGUCUGGUGGGGAAACUGAGGCACAUGCCUCAACGGGAAAUGCCCCCAAAUCCUUUGCCUGAUGCACUCAAAGCAAAUCUGCACCUCCCCUACACCCCCACACCCCCACUAAACCCAGAGACCUUAAUCUGUCUGCUUGCCAGGACCCCCCACC